AUGGACCCCCGGAGGCCAACCUCUCAGCCUUUCCAGCAGUCUGAGAAACCUGGCCGUGUCCAUCGUCGGAAGACCAGGCGAGAGCGGAAUAAGGCCCUUGUGGGCAGCCAUCGGCCAUUGGCCCGUCAGGAUCCUCCUCAGUCCAGCCGGGAUCCACCUGUGGCCCUCCAGGAUCCUGUGGUCCCCAAACUUGUAGUCAUAACCCAGGGCCGGCUGAGUCGGGAGCAUCGGGGUCUCUUCAACCAUGAGGUGAAAUCCCUGGACGUGGCCAGGCUGCUUAAUGGUGGCACCCUGGAACCAGGCACCCCCUUGCUCCCCAAUAAGCCUUCCUCCGGCUCAGGCAGGAUCCAAGAACCAGCCUCACAGCCAAGGGACAAGGAGAACCAGGUGCCUGGAUGCUUGGGCCCAGGCCCACCUAAUUCCCCAGAACUCCCUGACUUGGGACAGCUACUGGGGGAACUUCAGUGUCAGCUGAUUCUGCCACAGGCCUUCCCCAGGAGGAACCUGGUACAGGAGGCCAGGGAUGCCAUCGUGGGAACCUUACAGGCCUGCCAUGGCUCUGUGCCUGACCUUGCCCUAGUACUGCGAGGUUGCCAGGCACCCUUGCCAGGGACCAAGCCUGGGGACCCUGAGAGAGGAAGGAUGACACCCUCCUGGAUCAAUGGCCCUGAGCAGGCCUCAAGAGAGGGGAGGCAGAGGACCCGACAUGGGAAAAAGGAGCUUGCCUUUGCCAUGUCUCAUACUUCCAGCACCCCCACUGCGCACAGGGUGAGCCUGCCGCUGCCUAGAGGUCCCUGGCCACCCUCCUUGCCCUUGUUGUCUUCGCCAUCUGGGGCAGCUUUGGGUCCCCCCACAGCCUUUGACCUGCUGAAAAGCAUCUGGCUUAUUGCCACACCACCCCCUCCCCGGCCCUGGGAUGUUGGCCCAACUCAGCCCCUACCUCAGCCAUCACCCUUGUUUCCCCAAACAUCUGCACUGGACUGGAGCCCCAGCCCCCCUGCCCCACUGCCCAGCCUCUCCUGGAUGGUGGCUCAGAGCAGUCCAGAAGCUUGGUCCUUUCCCCCCAUGAGACUGUACUGA